AUGUCGGGCAGAGAAAGAGGAUCCAACAGGGCCAUGCAUACGCCCAUCCACACCAUCUUCACGUGCUUGCAGCAGCGGUUGACGGUGUCGGUGUGGUUAUACGAGCAGACACAAUCGCGGAUCGAGGGCAAAAUCCGUGGGUUUGAUGAGUUUAUGAAUAUUGUUUUGGACGAUGCGAUUGAGGUUUCGACCAAGGAUGGAAGUAAGGAAGACCUUGGGAGGAUAAUGCUCAAGGGUGAUAACAUUACGUUGAUUUCGUCACUCGAGCUUUAG